AUGUCUUACCGCUCCUUCCGAAUACUACUAGUUACACUAAGUUUGAAAUUGUUGUUAUUAUGCUUGAUUAGAGGGUAAAAAUUUUAGUAGUAAUUUAUCAUUGGAAAAGAAAGAAGAAGAAAAAGGAAACUCACCGCACUGUAAACCGAAGGCGAAUGUUACGAGCCUUGAAAGUUCGCAGCUCCAAGUUCCUGAAUAUUUCCGUUUAACCCUUUUAACUCAAGAUAGCAUUUAAGGAAUACGGACCAGAAUAGAAGGCAGAUAUCGCCCUCAAAUAAAGGUCUUUUGAAUUAUUGAUCAAAACGAAUUCGCAGAGUCUGUGGAUUUUACUCUUUAGCAUCGUUGCAUUUAAGCUGCUUCCAAUGCUCUUUCCUAUAAAACUUCCUAAAUCUUGUUGUCUUUCCCUCUUAAAACCUCGAGUCACUGCUUCCCUUUUUCGUUUACCCAUUGCCCGAUUCCAUUCGCGGCUUCUUCCUCCCAGACAGCUUGAUAGUGAACUGGAUAGUAUCCAAAAGAAAGGUUGUAGUUAUCAUGAUCUUGUUGAAAACCGUGGAGAAUGGUUUCCUCGAAAUGCUUCUAAGAACCAACUACUCAUGAAUUGUACGGAAUUUGAUUUUCAAGGAAACGUGAGGGUAAUAUGUGGCGAUUUUAAAAAAAUGGAUCUUUGCAAGCAGAAUGGUUUACUCCCUCGUGAUUUACGAAAGCUAAACACUAGUAUCAAUUCUAUUGUUCCAGUAAUCCUUGUACGAGAGGGGUCAAUUUUAGUUAAUCUCUUGCACAUUCGAGCCUUAAUAAAGGCAGACUCAGUAUUAUUAUUUGAUGUCUUUGGAUCUCAUCACUCCCAUUCUCAAUCACAAUUUAUAUAUGAAUUACAGGGACGAUUGAAACAAAGCGCCAGUGAUUUCGGGUUUCUUCCCUAUGAAAUGAUGGCUUUGGAAACAAUAUUAAUAAGUGUUGUAAACACUCUAGACUCUGAAUUACAAGUCUUACAAAACCUUGUUUCAGAUCUUUUGGCUGACUUUGAGCUCGAUAUUAAUCAAGAUCGGCUUCGAACCCUUCUAAUAUUUUCAAGACGUCUCUCUGGAUUUCUUAAAAAGACUACUUUAAUCCGUGACGUGCUAGAUGAGCUGUUAGAACAGGACCAGGAUUUAGCAGGCAUGUACUUAACAGAACGCCUUCAGACUGGCAAGACUAGAGAUCAUGAUAAACAUGAUGAAAUAGAGCUAUUGCUUGAAACCUACUACAAGCAAGUAGACGAAAUCGUACAGCAGACAGAUAAUUUAGUGGGCAAUAUCCGAAGUACAGAAGAAAUCUGUAAUAUUAUGUUGGAUGCAAACAGAAAUUCCCUUAUGUUGUUAGGGCUAAAACUGUCUGCGGUCACGCUGGGAUUAGGCUUUGGCGCCAUAAUUGCUGGCAUUUAUGGAAUGAACUUGCCAAAUGGCUUUGAAGAAUCUCCUGUUGCAUUUUAUUCCACUGUUGGACUGAUCUUUUCAAUGGCGGCGGUCUUGAGUGCCGUUGGGAUAUUGAAAAUUAGAAGUUUGAAGAGAAUCCAAAUGGCUUUCGAUAGUCGACCACUAUCUUCUUUCACCAUUGAGCCAGGGAAGUUACGGCCACCCUAUCUGUAAUCCUACGAAUAUCUUAUGAGUCUUUCAUUAGAUGUACUGCUAAUUCACACUCUUAUACAUGUGAUGCAUUCUUUUAUUUUUUGUGUGUUUUAACACUUAUAAUCUCGGUUUUGGAGUUGCCUAUAUACCCAGUUUUAGUGAAUUUUUGGUAUAUUUUCCACUUGCAUAUUGGUACA